AUGUGGUGGAUGCUGUUCCCCCGGUGGAUUUGGUUCGUCUCGGGGCUGCUCUUGUGGAACACCCGGCGGGUCAGACCGAUGCCGCUGGGUCAGGUGCCCAAACUGGUGUAUUCCCACGCGGGUCUGUGUCCGAACGAACUCAAUCCGAACUUGUGGGUGGACGCGAUGAGCACCUGCAUGCGAGAGUGCGAGUCUGAUCAGGACUGUGAGUCUUUUGAGAAGUGCUGUCCCAAUGUGUGCGGAAACAAAAGCUGUGUGGCGGCGCGCUACAUCGAUGUCAAAGGCAACAAGGGCCCCAUUGGAAUGCCGAAGGGGGCCACCUGCGACAAGUUCAUGUGCUCCCAGCAGGGCUCCGAGUGCGACAUCUGGGACGGACAGCCCGUGUGUAAGUGCAGAGACCGCUGUGAGAGGGAGCCCCACUUCACGUGUGCGUCCGACGGAAUGACCUACUACAACAAGUGCUACAUGGACGCCGAGGCCUGCUCCAAGGGUAUCUCUAUCACUGAGGUCACCUGCAGAUUCCACCUGACCUGGCCCAACACCAGUCCCCUACCUGACGAGACCACCCUCCACCCCACCACCGCCCUGCAAACCACCCUCCCCGCGGACAUCCAGCCGCCCGCCAUCCACAGUCCCGUCAUCCGCCAGACCGUGUUCGUGGGCGACACUGCCAGCUUCCUGUGCGAGGUGUCCGGCAAGCCCCACCCCGACAUCACGUGGGAGAAGCAGAUCAAGGGCCGUGACAACACCGUCCUCCGUCCCAACCACGUCAGGGGCAACACCGUGGUCACCAACAUCGGCCAGCUGGUCAUCUACAACGCGCAGCUUCAAGACGCCGGCAUCUACACCUGCACCGCUAAGAACGUAGGGGGCACUGCGUCGGCCCACUUCCCUCUGGCGGUCAUCAAGAAAGAACCGAGAGUCAACACCACGAAUCUACCGUUCCCCGCCGAGGAAUGCCUGAAGUCGCCGGAUACCGAUCACUGCGGGGAGGAUACAAUGAGCUGGUAUUACGAAUCGAAGCGGAACAACUGCUUCCCAUUCACCUACAGCCAGUGCAACAAAAACCGCAACCAUUUCGACACGUACGAAGCUUGCAUGCUGUCCUGCGGGGGCGAGCUGGCGGCACCGUGCAGCCUGCCUAGCCUCCAGGGUCCCUGCAAGUCCUACGAACCUCGAUGGGCGUACAGUAGCGUCCUCAAGAAAUGCCAGUCGUUCGUUUACGGUGGAUGCGGUGGAAACGAGAACAACUUCGAGUCCAAGGAGGUGUGCGAAGAGUCCUGCCCGUUCCCGAAAAACCACAACUGCAAGAUGUGUAAACCGCGCGGUAAGAUGAUAGCCAGCUUCUGUAAGAGCGAUUUCGUGAUCCUAGGACGCGUGACGGAGUUGACGGAAGAGCAGGAAUCGGGGCACGCGCUGGUCACCGUAGACGAGAUCCUGAAAGACGACAAGAUGGGGCUGAGGUUUUUCGGAAAAGAGCCUCUAGAAGUGACGUUGCUAAAUGUGAACUGGAAUUGCCCCUGUCCGAACAUCACGGUAGCGGACACUGCGAUCAUCAUCAUGGGGGACGUCCACAAUGGCAUGGCGGUGCUGCAGCCGGACAGCUUCGUCAGCGCGUCGAGCAGCAGGAGGGUAAGGAAGCUGCGCGAGGUGGUGCACAAGAAUACCUGCCACUUUCUCAAAGAGUUCCCUGCUGCUCAGUAGGUUCAACCGGACUGUAGAAAGGACCAGGAGCAGAGGUGGGUAGGGUACGCAUAUGAUGUCAUUCAGUUAAGAUAAUGAUGUUUCAAAGUACUCUUACUCAAGUAUUAAGUUCAUUAUAAGCAGAUGGUGUAAUCCCGCAUUCGUCCAGAAGUGGUUCAAAGUAGAGAAGGUUUCAACAUUGGUUAUCUGGACUUUUCAACUCCAUCCAGAAGCCAUUUUUCAGUUUGAUGGUACUGGCGAGAAGCACAAAGAUUUAUCCAACUCUGAGUUAACUACACAAUACACAAUAGGGGCAUAGUGAUAUUAGCUAAUGAAGAAGGGCUGGGCAGUUUCACUCUAAAACCCAUUUCUUAAAGGGACAGUCUGGAAUUUUGGACAUAGGACCUCAUUUCCUACUUAGCCAGAGGCCGCUUUCACACUAGUACGUAUUUGAGUCGUUUUCGUUGCGGAUGCAGUGUUCGUCCACACUAAUCCGAUUGAAAACGGCUCCAGAGACAGAACGAUCUGGUGCCGCCAGCUCCCUCAAAUUCAUCUGAGUAUGGAUCUGAUCUGGCACUGUGUGGACUUCUGAAAAUGCUGAUAUGCUGACAUAGGUCAAGUAAUUCACGUCAAAACGCUAAGAGGCUAGAAUAUAUGUCCAUUCAUAUAUACGGUCUGUGUGUACGACCUGCAGACGUAUAAUCUCUGAAAAGUUUAACAUGAACCAUCUCCAGCGCGAUAGAUGCACAGAACAGACUCACCAUCAACGGAACACCCCUCUGUCAAAGAAAGAACCCAUAUAAUCCACUGAGUCAUGUCUCUAAAUCGGACAGAAGCUGAACCGCGUCAGCGAACUGUUUUUUGAGCGCUUAGUUUCUGCAAAUUAGCCAUGCGGUUUUAAGUUUUGUUUCUGUAAAAUAUAAACAAAUAUGCUCAAAGCUGUGUGGAUAGG